UGCUGAAUAUUCAUGAUUGUGCCUCCAAACGUCAGGACGCAGCGGCAGCUCUUCCUCCUGACAGAGAGCGGUGGGGCUGGGAGGAGAGGCAGGAUGCCAGAGUCCGGCUGCAUCUCUCCCACCGACACCGAGCAUCGGUAUCAUUUGACAACAUUUGAGGGCAAAUCUGCUCUCAGCUCAUCCUGCUCUGCGCCGACAACAAGGGAAUCAACGAUGGACUGACGGAACACACAAACAGAGCGAAGGAGAAGGAGGGAGAGAGAGAGAGAGGGGGGACAGAGAGAGAGAGAGAAACGCUGCCUUGUUAUUGGCACAUGCACAUAUUUUCUGGACAUAUGCUCCUCGGGUUUUGCAGAGCGGGACAGAUCGAGUGACCACAACGCCUUUGAAAAGGAAGAUGAUCCAGCAAAGCAGUGAUAGCGGGAGGAUGCUUCGAUACGAGCGGUUCUUGCAGUGUAGCUCCUGCAAGAUGGACCAGACAGAUUGAGGCUAAGGAACUGGCGACUUAUCACUUUGCGGAGGAGAGAUGUUUUGCUUUUGCCUCAGGCUGUUUUAGAGGAUGAAUACCUUCCCUGGCCUCAUUUCUCGAGUGUAAUAUAUAGCUCAGCGUGCAGCUGUUUCUCGGAUAGUGAAGCCCAUAAACGCAUCUCUUAGACGCUGCAGCCGAGCGCCCUGGUCCCCAGCAACGUUUCCCACCUUGAACUUCCAUGUGACGGCUGUGAUGCCCCGCUACGAGGUGAGAGCAGCCCCCUGAGCUGUCCGCGGUGCUGAACGGAUCAGCCGGGUCCUCGGGUCUCCACGAGUUGACCUUCUCUCCACCGAGCAGAAAAUCCACCUGCAACACACAGUAAGGUAGCAAAGCAGGCCACCGCACACGGACAGCUGCUGGGCUUGACCGAGUCAGCCAGACAAUAUUCUCUUUGAUGGCUGUGGCACGCAAAAUCAAAACUUUGCUGACCGUCAACAUUUUAGUGUUUGUGGGGAUUAUCCUGUUCUCGGUGUACUGCAGGAUCCAGGACCGAUCCGAGGAGCUCAUCCAGGUAGGGCGUCUUUCCGACCAGAGGCUGCGAGCCAGGAAUGGCAAAGUUUCCAACCUGGUGGACAGACAGUCUAUUCUUCAGAGGCUGGAGAGGCUGGAGGAUGUGGUCUACAAUCAGCUGAACGGUUUGGCAAAGCCCAUGGGGUUGGUGGAGGGACCCGGAGGCCUUGGCCAGGGGGGAGCUGCUGCCACUCUCGGAGGGGACAGUCGCGAUGCUGAAGGGAAGUACGAGGAGUACGGUUACAAUGCUCAACUCAGUGACCGCAUCUCCCUGGACAGGAGCAUCCCCGACUACAGGCCGAAAAAGUGUAAGCAGUUGACAUACCCAGCAGACCUUCCUCAGAUCUCUGUGGUCUUCAUCUUUGUGAACGAGGCACUGUCAGUGAUCCUGCGGUCGGUCCACAGUGUGGUCAACCACACACCAGCACAUCUGCUUAAAGAGAUCAUACUGGUGGAUGACAACAGUGACAGUGUGGAGCUGAAAUUCAAUUUGGACCAGUAUGUGAACAAACGCUACCCAGGCCUGGUAAAGAUUGUGAGGAACAGCAAGCGGGAGGGUCUGAUCCGAGCCAGAAUACAUGGCUGGAAUGCGGCCACGGCUCCUGUUGUCGGCUUCUUUGAUGCCCACGUCGAGUUCAACACUGGCUGGGCUGAACCUAUUCUGACCCGAAUGAAGGAAGAUCACACCCGCAUUAUCCUGCCUGCCAUAGACAACAUCAAAUACAACACAUUCGAGGUGCAGCAGUAUGCCAACGCUGCCCACGGCUACAACUGGGGCCUGUGGUGUAUGUACAUCAUCCCUCCACAGGAGUGGCUGGACAAGGGCGAUGAGACAGCUCCUAUCAGAACUCCAGCUAUGAUUGGCUGCUCCUUUGUGGUUGAUCGAGAAUACUUUGGCAAGAUUGGUCUACUGGAUCCUGGCAUGGAGGUCUACGGAGGGGAGAAUAUUGAGCUGGGCAUGCGGGUGUGGCAGUGUGGAGGGAGUAUGGAAGUCCUGCCAUGUGCCAGAGUGGCCCACAUCGAGCGCACCAAGAAGCCCUACAACAAUGACAUAGAUUACUACGCCAAGCGCAAUGCUCUGCGGGCCGCUGAGGUGUGGAUGGAUGAAUAUAAAUCCCAUGUCUACAUGGCAUGGAACAUUCCCAUGAAUAAUCCCGGAGUCGAUUUUGGGGAUGUCUCAGAGCGCUUGGCCUUAAGGAAGAGGCUGCAGUGUCAGAGUUUUCGAUGGUACCUUGAACACGUCUACCCGGAGAUGCGGAUCUACAACAACACUAUCACAUAUGGCGAGGUGAGGAACAGCAAGGCCAGUGGCUACUGCCUGGACCAGGGCUCUGAGGACGACGACAAAGCCAUCCUGUACCCCUGCCAUGGCAUGUCCUCCCAGCUCGCCCGCUACUCUACUGAGGGGUUGCUGCAGCUAGGACCCCUGGGCUCGACCACCUUCCUGCCUGACACAAAAUGCCUCGUCGAUGAUGGCAGAGGACGUACUCCCAGUCUGAAGAAAUGCGAUGUAGUUUCAAGGAUUUCCCAGAGGCUUUGGGACUUCACACAGAAUGGUCCAAUAAUCAGCAGGGACACUGGCCGAUGCUUGGAGGUAGAAAUGUCCAAAGAUGCCAACUUUGGCCUUCGUCUGGUGGUCCAGAGAUGCUCCGGUCAGAAGUGGAUGAUACGAAACUGGAUCAAACAUCCCAGACACUGAAGCCAGAGAACAACCUCUGAGACAGUUUGGGCAGUGUUUCAAGUUGGACCUGUGGACAACUCAUAGAAGAGCAGGGCCUGGCGGUGCUAGUGUGGUGUAUUUCACACUACAGACUGCACUGCACACUGAGCAUCCCUCAGGCCAAGAGCUUUCUAACACCAGGUCCUAAAGAAGACUAUGAUCAAUUCAUGCGUCCUGCCGAGCUGUGUGUUCACAGAGACCUUAUGGCGAGUUGCACUGCUCGAAAUGAUCCACAUUUCUGACAGCAAACUACAUACAGAGAACAGAGACAAGACACCACAUUGCAGUGCAGCUCCUGAAGGUGGUCCAAAAUCCUGAUAACUCUUUUAUUUCUACUGUAAAACUCUCAGCUCUUUGGAGAGUGUGUGUUUGUGUCUUUUCUGAGCAAGCAAAUCAAAAGACAUAAUUGCCAUGAGUUUCCACAUCCAAGUGAUUAUUUUGGGAUGUGAUUUGGAAAAUUGCCGUGGACAUAUUGUGCUGUCUGGGCAAGACAUGUAACAGGCUUCACCGAGGCUGCCCAUCAUCUGAUGGGGAGACAUUUCACCUGCACUCACCCAAACCACCACAGUUUGUUGUUUCUUUGGACUGUAUUGCUCCCUGUGGACAGGAGCAAUCAUGUGCCUUUUUUCUCAUGUUUCCGCUUCAUUUGACCAGGGAAUGUCACUCCCAAAAGCAUGUACAAAAUUGUUUGAAAGUUAUUAAUAUAUAAAACAAUGUAUAAAACAGUCUAAUGAUAGUAAUAUAUUGUAAAAAGUCACAAAAUGAUAUCCGUCCAAUGAUAAUCAUUAGAAUAAUAAAAUCAUUUUUACAGUAUGGUGAGCUGUCUCCCUCUCUCUCUCUCUCUCUCUCUCUUUCUGUUGCAUUUAUUUGACACUUUAACCAUUAAUUCAAAUAAUGAAAAGUCCAAUAUAAAAACUAUGCAUUUUCUUUUGUAGUCUUGUGAAAGUAGUUGCUAAUUACACCAGCACAAUUACCUAUCUGUUGAAUUUACAUCCACCUCAUGCCUCCAUCGGGUUUCAAGCCCUUUGUACCAUACCUGUUUCAAACUGCCAGCUGGACAAUAGGCCUUCAGAAACCGAUGAAAGCUUGCUUUUUAUUUCAUGCUCAGCCAGAAAUGUGACAGUUUUAUUUUGACAGGUUGUGAAGAACACUCUGGAUGAAAGUGUCUUUUGACAUGCUUUUAACUUUAAUAACAAAACGUUCCAGAAACACCCACAAUCUUUUUUUUUUAAGUUAUGCAACAUAUUUAAUUGACAUGCAAUGUAUAAUAAAU